GCAUCAGCUCCCGCAGACGGGCCCAACUGCUUUGGACCUGCCGCUGCUUUUUUGGCACAAUUCACCUGGCGAAGUCGGUGCGCACGGGCAAUUACGCACGACUCUGGUUGGAGCAACUGAAUGAUAGCUCGGGUCUAGUUUGGUCAGCCCUCAUCAUUCUCGAAUUGGGGUUUCAGCUCGUAGUGUUCGGUUGUUUUGAGUGGUUUGUUGUUGUCGUAUUUGCACAGACUAUAAAGCGAGGUCCGAAAGCUGCUGUGAUUUUACGCACCAGGUGGACGCAGGUGCACAGGUACUUUGACUCAGGUCACAGCUACAGGCAGGUGUCAGGCUCGACGGCACUAGGUCAGAGGAAGCUACACAGAUAAAGAAAAGGGCCAGCAGGGAAAAAACAACAACUUAGUCAAAAACAACCUAGAGUAAAAGAUAUAGAGGGAGGGGGAGACAGGGAGGAAAUCGACGAGAGAGCGAGAGAGAGAAAGAGAGAGAGAGAGAGAGAGAGAGAGAGAGAGAGACACCCCCUGGAGACUAGCUUGGAGACCCGGCCCCCGGUCACAGAGAAGUAGAGAGAGAGUGAGGAAGUGAGGGAGUGUUUUAAAGCCGGCAGGAGGCAUGAUGUCCUACAUUAAGCAACCCCAUUACUCCGUGAACGGGUUAACGCUGUCCGGCCCGGGCAUGGAUCUGCUCCACUCCGCUGCCGUUGGAUAUCCCAACACCCCGCGUAAACAGCGUCGAGAGCGCACCACCUUCACACGCGCUCAGCUGGAUAUCUUGGAGGCUCUGUUUUCCAAAACCCGGUACCCAGACAUCUUCAUGAGGGAGGAGGUGGCCCUGAAGAUCAACCUACCCGAGUCCAGAGUGCAGGUCUGGUUCAAGAACCGCCGUGCCAAGUGCCGCCAGCAGCAGCAGCAGAGCACGGGCCAGUCCAAGCCACGGCCCCCUAAGAAGAAGGCGUCCCCGGCCCGUGAGUCCAACGCCGAGGCCAGUGCCAACCCCAGCAAUGGACCCUACAGCCCCCAACCCCCUCCUCCCGGCACCGCCAUCACCCCCAGCUCGAGCUCGGCUAGUGCCACGGUGUCCAUCUGGAGCCCGGCCUCCAUCUCUCCGCUGCCAGACCCCAUGUCUGCCUCCAACACCCCCUGCAUGCAGCGCACCACCGCCUACCCCAUGACCUACAGCCAGGCACCCGCUUACAGCCAGAGCUACGCGGGGACCUCCUCCUACUUCACAGGCUUGGACUGUAGCUCCUACCUGUCCCCCAUGCACCCGCAGCUGUCGGGCAGCGGAGGAGCCCUGAGCCCCAUCACGGGCUCCUCGAUGGGUGGGCCCCUCAGCCAGUCGCCGGCCUCGCUCACCUCACAGGGCUACACUGCUGCCUCCUUGGGUUUCGGAGCUGUCGACUGUCUAGACUACAAGGACCAAGCUGCCUGGAAGCUCAACUUCAAUGCCACUGACUGUCUAGACUACAAGGACCAGAACUCCUGGAAGUUCCAGGUCUUGUAAAUGACAGGGGAGGUGGGAGGUGGGGGAGGGGGAUUAAAAAAACGAACAAGCAAACAGAAAAAUUGAACCCAAGAUAACAUUUGGUGUCGUAUUGGGGAAGGAGGAGAACUUAGGACACAGAAAUCAGUUAUUAAUCAUAUCAGCUGAGGAACUGAUCAGCUCAAAAUAUAUUUUCAGUUCUGCUGUUUCAAAAAAACAUGGGUGGAAUUAAGAGUGUUAAGGUGCAACCGUGUAAAAAUCAACCGCGAAAUCAAAGAAUGGCUGUAAAAGAAGAAAAGAUAUCAAGAUCAGAUCACCUAGAAAGAACUUCAGCUUUAAUUGUGCAACUUAAAUUGAGUAUAACUUUUACCAAUGACAAGACAAAUCAAAUGAAACAUCUAAAGCUAAGGAGGCCUGCAGCAUGCAGAAUGAAUCCUUUAAAUCAAAGACUUUUUGUAUUUGCUAUUAUUGACAGUGAUGAAUUUGAAGCUGAGCUAAUGUAUUUUCUGACCCACAAUUUAGGCAACCUUCUAAUCGACACGUUCCACCGAUGAGAUCCCAAGCUUGUGUUUAUUUCUUCCUCCUAUAGACUUUGUCUCGUAGACGUCCAGUGAUGUAUUUCUUUGAUGAAGCUGCUUCUCAUCACCGAGCUGACUCAAAGAGCUUUGAGCCAAACUACUCAACUGACCCUGCAGACAUUUGACAGAGGUGUCGUCACAGGGUGGCCCCCAAUUCAAUAAUCCAAGUGUAUAGCAGACGGAUGCUGAUGAUUCCCAGUAGCCUUGUAUGAUACUGACCCUCUGCAGCCUGUGUGUGAUACGAGCAGAGGGGGUAGAGUUGUCACCGCUGUGACUGCAGUACUAACCUGUUGCCUUUGAGCAUGGUUGUAAUCAUUAACAGGAAUGGCUUGUACAUUGAUAGUUUAAUAGGAUCACUUCCAGACAAUUCGGGCAACAAUGGUCACAUUGUGGAUCUUGGCAGCCGAGUACUUUCCCCUUCCAUGAAGUUAGAGGAUUGUUGAAGCAGUUCUUGAAUCUACAGAUGACUUCAUCAUCAUUAAAUAUUAUUAUUUUGUUGCUUUUUGUGAACUGCUUGAGCGAGGUGUCUGAUGGGAGAGAAGGCUGCAUGAGAGAAAGGGAAGGGACUGGGCCGCCAUGCAGCCCCCCCCCCCCCCCCCCUUUGCACAGAGAAUUUGGUGCCUCUCUCAACUCUAACCUGUAAAGAUGGGAUGGGUACCACUUUAUGUGUUUGAUGUAUUGUCUGUUUUUUUUUGUAUUAGACUUAAACAAUAUUAUGUUAAAAAAAAUUGUGAAUUCGUUCAAGUAAAAAUUGUGGUAAUUUGUUUUGAAGUUGACAUUAUUAUCAGUAUUAUUACUAUCAUCAUUAAUAUUAUGUCUUCAGCUGACACAGACAUUGAUAAUGUUCUUUUUAUGUCGUUAUUUUGUAAAUAUUAAAACUUGAAAAUGCAAUCAUGUGUGGAAUCAGCAACGUGUUGUCACACAGGCGCUCCAACCAACACAUUCUCUCUUUCUUACUUUCUAGAAAACUGCCAACUUUUUAUUUUUUCUCUUGAUAUUUUUCUGGUUUCAGCUUCUUCUGUUGUUUUUCUUUUUUUCAAACUCAGGGGUUUAUCCAAUAAAAGUAGCAGUAAUAGGAUACAAUGCUGUUCUCGCUUCUUAAUCAUUAACUGUACUUUUAUCUUUUGCAUGACUAUAAUCUUCUCUGCUUAUUUUUCUGACAUGAAUUAUUUUGUAUGUUUCAUUUGUCUCCUGUGUUUGACCAGUCUCACCACUACCAUGCUAGAUAGCUAUGAUGUUUCUGAGACAUUAAACAACUUCAUUAAA